AUGUGCACAUUUUUCAGGGACUACAACAGCGAACUCUUCGCAUUCGGCCAUCGAAUCGGAGCACCGGAGAUCUCGGAAAACGAUUAUGUCAAGGCUCUAACCAACGAAUCCUUCUUCAAGAGAGCUGACGUGGAACAAGACGUGGAGCGAGCUCAGCCAGGAGCCGAAAUCGGCUCAGAACACAAUGGAGACCUAGUGAGAAAAGGAGAAGAGAAGCUGUCCACGUGGCUGAAGAGAUAUCUGAGAUUUCAUUUGUCGAAAGCGCCAGAAGAAUUGAUUGAAGCCGUCGAUUCGCAUCUUCUGGAUGAUGAGUGUUUGGCUGGAAUCGCUAGUCAUCUUGGAAUUGACCAUCUCGUGCGAACCAAAGAAUUCCCCGUAAGCCAACAAUCGUCAGCCGAUGCUUUCCGUGCUCUCGCCGGCGUGUUUUCCGAUGAAAAAGUCAAGAAUCUCGUCAUCGAUUUCAUUGUUCCGCAACUUGUUGAUAUUGAUUUUGCUGACAUCUACUCCCUUGCCGAUCCUCUCGCCGUCCUCACAGACAUCCUCAAAUCAGAAGGCGUAACUGAAAUCGAGCCACGUCUUCUAAGAUCCGCCGGAGAGAACAGUGCAGAGCCGAUAUUCGUGGCGGCCAUUUAUGCGGAUAAGAAGAGAAAUGUGGGACAGAGUGCCGGAGAAUCAACAGCGAUUGCUGUCGAUAUGGCCGCUCGAGAGGCGUUGUUGAGACUUUGGGAUAUUACUUCUGACAAAGUGCUCUUCUUUGGAGAUCGUGCCGCAAGUGUACCAUUGGAACAGUACUCACAACCAAACUACUCAUUGACCAAGAAAUGCUCACCAGGAACAAACACCUCUCUGCUCUCCGAUUCAACGACAUCCGACCCAACUGACAACCUAAUCGAAGACGCCGUCCUCCGAUACCGAAACGUCGUCGACGCAGAAGUGGGAAAGAGUUAUACGAAGCGAUUGCGACACAAAUUCUCGCGUGGUUCUCUUGCAAAACGCUCAUUCAGAUAUCUCGUCAAACCGAAACCCUAUACUGUUGCUUAA